AUGAAGGCUACAGUGAUACUCAUACUCUUAUCUUGUUUAGCAUUAUUGCUACGCAAUCUUUCCAUUUCCACCGCUACCAUCCCUUCUCUCCCUAGACCUUCACCUACCCGUCCUCUCUGUGUCUCCCAGCUAGCCCUCGCCAACUAUGCCUGCGCCAGCGUCAUCACUAGCCUCACCUUCACCGACCCCCCCAUGCCUACUGCCACCUCCACCACUACUACCAUUCCCCAGCCCUCCGAGAUUCUCUACCACCUGUCAGCCACGGAGGAUGAUGGCCGUGAUGUGGAUCCUAUAACAGGCCGGGAAGGGGAUGAAGAAGCACUAGGAGUGAAUGAUGACGGUGAUGAACAACAAAAACAACAUCAUCACCGUCAUCGCUCAUCUUUUUCUUCACGCUAUGAGCAUGAUCACAACGGAGGUGGACGGAGAGAUAGGCACAAACAUCGCCGUGGGCGGCAUCGUAAUGGGCAUCGCAGCAGCCACCAUGACCAUGGAAAGCGGCGAGGAGAUGAAAAUGAAGACAAUGAUAAUGAUGAUGAUGAUGGUGGUGGUGGUAGUGGGGUGGAGGGAGAUCAGCGGACGGCUUCGCCCGCGGAGGCCAACUGCUGUAAGUGGGUUGGGGCAGUGGACAAUGAGUGUGUCUGCGAGUUGCUGUUUCGAUUGCCCACUUUCUUGGCCAGACCCAUCCAUGAAUACACCAUCAUUGUUAGUGAGUGGUGCAAAAUUACUUACACUUGCGGCGGAAGGCCUAGACCAUGA